AUGACCAGCCUAUUCCGUCGGAGCAGCGGCGGUGGGGGGGCCGGCGCGCAGGAGCUCAACAACAGCCGGCCGGCCCGCCAGGUGCGCCGGCUCGAGUUCAACCAGGCCAUGGACGACUUCAAGACCAUGUUCCCCAGCCUGGACUACGACAUCAUCGAGUGCGUGCUGCGCGCCAACAGCGGCGCCGUGGACGCCACCAUCGACCAGCUGCUGCAGAUGAACCUGGACGCGGGUGGCGGCGGCGUCUACGAGGACAGCUCCGACUCGGAGGACAGCAUCCCCCCGGAGAUCUUGGAAAGGACCUUAGAACCCGAUAGCUCUGAUGAAGAGCCCCCGCCCGUAUAUUCCCCACCAGCCUACCACAUGCACAUGUUCGACAGGCCUUACCCUCUGGCUCCCCCCACUCCACCUCCCAGGAUCGACGUGCUGGGGUCCAGCCCCGCUUCAAGCCAGAGGCGCUAUCGGAACUGGAACCCACCGCUGCUGGGCAACCUCCCGGAUGACUUUCUGCGCAUCCUGCCCCAGCAGCGCGACAGCAUACAGUGCAACCCCGGGACUCCCAAGCCUCUGAGCCUCGGAGAAGGAGGCCCUGUCCCCUCGGGGGCCGGGCCAGGACCCCGAGACCAGGAGAGCCGCUGGAAGCAGUACCUGGAGGACGAGAGGAUCGCGCUGUUCCUACAGAACGAGGAGUUUAUGAAAGAGCUGCAGCGCAACCGUGACUUCCUCCUGGCCCUGGAGAGAGAUCGACUGACAUACGAGUCCCAGAAGGCCAAAUCUAGCAGUGCGGGGAUCGGGACCGACUUCGGCUUUCCUUCUCCUGCCCCAGGGGCGAGUGAAGCCAACCACACUGCGUCUGAAGAUGCCUUAUUCAGGGACAAGUUGGAGCACAUGGGAAAAUCCACCCGGAGGAAGCUGUUUGAACUUGCCCGGGCCUUUUCCGAGAAGACCAAGAUGAGGAAGUCAGCCAAGAGGAAGCACUUGUUGAAGCACCAGUCGCUGGGGGCUGCAGCAUCCACGGCCAAUCUCCUGGAUGAUGUGGAGGGGCACACUUGCGAUGAAGACGGCCGGGGAAGGAGGCAAGAGGUGCCCAAGGUGGAAGAAGCCCUAAGGGAAGGUCACUAAGAGAUGGCAGCAGUGCCACCUGGCCCGUGAUCCGCUGACCAGGGUGGUUGGCCGCGGAGCAAGGCCGGCCUCCGGCUGGAGGACCCAGCUGCAGCCGGACACAUGGUGCUGGAGUCUUGAGGCCCAGUGAUUCUCCCUCCACUGUCCAGCCCACCACUGCCACGACCACAUUGAGGGGCGGGGUCCCCUGCUGCGAUUGGAGGAAACACCUGGGGGGCCCAGAGGCAGCAGCCAAUCACAGCCCCCUCUGCAUGUAGCCAGGCCCUCUGUUCUAUGGGCGAUGAGUGCAAAUGCAAGGACCAACCUUUACAACACAGCACACUGAAAAACGGGCAAAGGUUGGGAUGUGGGCAAGGCUGGGGUGGUCGCUGACAAGAGGCUCCUUGACCCGAAGUUGGGGUCCCUGCCUCCCCCUCUGGCCCACGGCCCAGCAGGCGUAAUGAAGCCAUCUGACCUGCGCACCUUGUGCCCGUGCUGCAUGUGGCCUUCUGCACCCAGCCUUUCCUUGAUCGGGGUUGGGGUGGCGCCAAGGAGUAACGGGCCACCACGGGGGAAGUGACAGUGCUUUGUUUAGGCCAUCGGCCACCCAUGUUGAAGGCCACAGCCCUAAAGGCUGCCUCUUCCUCUAGAUGGGCGGGAAGGGGGCCACCCCAGUGUCCUAAGACCCUGUUUGCCCUGUUGAAAGAACACCAAUUCCAACAGUGCUAGUUCGAAGACAAGGCCCGGUCUGAGCUGGGGGGCCUGAGGUUGAGGGGCUCUGUGGGUGUCCCCUGAGAAGAGUGAGCACCUGAUCCAAGCAGGAAACCUCAGCUUCUUGGAGCGCUUACCCUGCAGCCCCCAUCACUGCCAUGGCCCUCCCUGCCUGCUGCCUGAGUAGGGCAAGCCUUGGGGUUACAGAGUGGUGCUCCGCACAGCCUGGCCACCCCCAAGUGAGGCUGGGAGUGGCAACCGGACUUCAGUGGGGGCACUGGUGGCCCCCAACUCACCCAAGGCCCUCAGGCCCUGUUGAGUGCUCGCCCUGGGCUGGCCGCAGAGGGGAGGCCCUGAGCGUACUGGGACUUGCCCAAGGUCCUGGCCCGACUCCAGACCACUGGCUUCCUGCUAGUGGGCCAUGCCCCCGCUGCAGCGGCAGGCGUGCCUACAUUUGGAAGCGUGGGUGGCGACUCAGCCCAGCGGAGCCCUGCACAGCCUCAGUGCGAGAUGGGGCCCAGCUCCAUCCAUCCCAGGGGCAGGCGGCAGAGGAGGCUUUGCGCUCUGGCCGGAAAUCCCCAAUCCCCUCUAUUGUGCGUGUGCCUGUGUGUCUGUGUAUGUGUGGCUUUAUUAGUUUUAUUCCCCUCCUCUGUGUGGGUUUCCCCCUUGGAGCUGUUUCGAAGGAAUCCCUGUAAUAAAGAGUUGGUGUUGUCUUGGC